UCAGCAAAGUAGAGAGACAGCUUGGCUAAGCCAAGAUCAUAAUCACCAAACAUCCACAAGCAAACAAGGCAAUGCCACAAGCAGAACCCAAACCAGCAUGUGCAUUCUCCUGCAGAGCCUCCGAUCACCACAAGAUCUCCCGUUUUUUCACCUUAUAAAUACUUCCCAACAUUAUUGCCACCACACCAACCAGUCAAAUCUCAGUUUCACUCUCUCAAUUCAAGUCCCACAUCGAAAUAACUUCUUCCUUAUAAUAAAUUUUCAACUAGACCAUGUUGUUCGACAAAUUACUAGCAAAACGACAAGACAGUAGUAGCAGUAGUAGUAGUGGCGGCAUGGAGGGAAUGAAGCUGAUGUUUCACUUGCUACUACCACUCUGUGUCCAUUGGAUCGCUGAAGAAAUGACUGUUUCUGUUCUUGUUGAUGUUAUUACCAACGCUCUAUGUCCUGGAGAGUCAACUUGUACUCAAGCUAUUUAUCUUAAUGGCUUUAAACAGACGUUGGUUGGAAUUUUCAAGAUGGUGGUGCUUCCACUUUUAGGUCAGCUUGCAGAUGAACAUGGGCGUAAACCACUGCUCCUUCUUACUAUAUCCACUUCCAUUUUCCCAUUUGCUAUACUUGCCUGGAAUCAGUCUACAGGAUUUGUAUGUGCUUACUAUGUGCUUCGUAUAAUAUCUUUUAUUCUAAGUCAAGGGAGUAUUUUCUGCAUUGCUAUUGCUUAUACGGCGGAUGUUGUUGAAGAGAAUAAGAGGGCAGCAGCUUUUAGUUGGAUAACAGGCCUUUGUGCUGCUUCGCAUGUCUUGGGAAAUCUUCUGGCACUUUUUCUCCCAGAAAAGUACAUUUUUCCUGUUUCAAUAGCUCUCUUGAUCUUUUGUCCAGUUUAUAUGCAACUCUUUCUGGUUGAGACGGUUAAGCUGGCUCCAAAGAGGGACCAAGAUUCAGCUUGCUUGACUACGCCAAUCAAAAUUAUCCAGAAACGAUACAAAUCAAUGAAAGAUGCUGCUACAAUAGUUAUGAGCAGUCCUACAUUAAGGGGCAUAUCUCUGGUUUCUUUCUUCUUUGAGUUGGGAAAGUCUGGCAUCAACUUUGUCUUAAUGUACUAUCUGAAGGCAGUUUUUGGUUUUGACAAAAAUGAGUUCUCAGAAAUUCUGAUGCUCGUGGGAUUUGGUUCAAUUAUUUCACAGAUGUUGGUGCUUCCACUAAUAAAUCCAUUGGUUGGAGAGAAGGUGAUAUUGUGCAUAGGAAUACUUGCAUCAAUAGCUUAUGCAUUAUUCAAUGGCCUUGCAUGGGCGCCAUGGGUACCAUUCAUGGCUGCCACAUUUAAAGUGGUAGUUGUCCUUGUAAGACCUGCUACUUAUGCCAUUAUUUCAAGAGCAUCGAGCUCAAACGAUCAGGGAAAAGCACAAGGAUUUGUGGCUGGUGUGGAAUCAUUAUCAAGUUUGUUAUCACCACUUGUAAUGAGUCCAUUGACUUCAUGGUUCUUAUCUAGUAGUGCUCCUUUCAACUGCAAAGGUUUCAGUAUUAUAUGCGCAUCUAUAUGCAUGAUGAUUUCUUUAUGUUUUGCUUUCCUGCUUGAACCUGGGGCACCUUCAAGCAAUAAUUCAGAGGAUGACAUUGAAUCACCAUUGCUAAGUGAGAGUUGACUGUUUGUCUCGAGCUGAUAUAAAUAUUUGGGGUCCCUUGCAUAUAGUAAUGUUGUAAUUGUAUUAGAGCAAACAAGCUUCCAAUGUGUUUGUCUUUCAGAAACUUCUCUUAAACUUUAUACACCCUUGAGCUGCUGAGGAUGACAUUGAAGCUUUACCUCCAAGUGAUAUAGUUCGUUGUUGUUUUUCCCAA